AUACCGAGAUAGCGAAGGGCUCAAAGCAAAGGGGGAAUGGCUCGUCUCGCUUUACCAGACGAGUUAUAAAAAAAGAAAAAAGAAAAAAAAAGGGAAAAGAAAAUGCUAUUUGUCAGUGUUACAGUUUAACGCAGGUUUGUUUUCCACCUCCACGGUCCACAGCUACUUCCUGGUGCCACAGAGAGAGGCAGUGCUGAGUUAAAGAGACAGAAAUACUGAUAGAAAUUCAGAUAGAAAAAAAAAAAGACAGAGAGAGAAGAGAGGGGCUGCUGACUGGAUUUUCGGAAAUUGAACCCCCCUCCCCACCCCCUUCUCUCUUUUUCUUAUUUUUUAGUCUAUUUUUUUAAUGAUUCUCCGCUGAAAAGAGUCUUUAUUCCUCGUCGCCUCGGAUGACGGUCGGCUGCGGCUGAAGCGGAAUUGUAACGGGGAGCGUAUUCCUCCCUCCGACGGAGAAGCCUCGCAGAGAUUUUUUUUUUCCUUUUAUAUUUUACUGCACAUUCAUCCUUUUUUGUUAUUUAAAAAAAAAAGACCCAACAGCUCAGUGUGAUUUUCUUUUUCCAAAAAAAACCCCCCUAUUUCUACGACUCCGAGAGGAAGGGUUAAGGGCGACGGAAGAUGGGUUGUUUGGGCAACAGCAAGACUGAAGAUCAACGCAUCGACGAAAAGGCACAACGAGAAGCUAAUAAGAAGAUAGAAAAGCAAUUACAAAAGGAAAGACAAGCAUAUAAAGCCACGCACAGGCUGUUAUUACUGGGUGCGGGAGAGUCCGGAAAAAGCACCAUUGUGAAGCAGAUGAAGAUCCUACACGUCAACGGCUUCAACGCGGAAGAAAAGAGACAGAAAGUUCAAGAUAUUCGGAAAAACGUGAAGGAUGCCAUAGUGACUAUAGUGUCUGCGAUGAGCACUUUAAUACCCCCAGUUCCGCUAGCAAAUCCAGAGAACCAAUUCAGAAUUGAAUACAUCAAAAGCAUAGCACCACUCUCCGACUUCGACUAUUCACAGGAAUUCUUUGAUCACGCAAAGAAACUGUGGGACGAUGAAGGAGUGAAAGCUUGCUUUGAGAGGUCCAAUGAAUACCAGCUCAUUGACUGCGCACAAUAUUUCCUGGACAGAAUUGACUCUGUAAGACAGAGCGACUACACACCAACGGACCAGGAUCUGCUACGCUGCCGAGUGUUAACUUCAGGGAUUUUUGAGACGAGAUUCCAAGUAGAUAAAGUGAACUUUCACAUGUUUGAUGUCGGCGGCCAGAGGGAUGAGAGGAGAAAAUGGAUCCAGUGCUUUAACGACGUCACUGCUAUCAUCUUCGUGGUGGCUAGCAGCAGCUACAACAUGGUAAUAAGGGAAGACAAUAACACCAACAGGCUACGAGAAGCUCUGGACCUCUUCCGCAGUAUUUGGAACAACAGAUGGUUACGCACUAUAUCAGUCAUAUUAUUCCUGAACAAGCAGGACAUGCUUGCGGAGAAAGUAUUAGCUGGAAAAUCCAAAAUUGAAGACUACUUCCCUGAAUAUGCUCGCUACACCAUACCAAAUGAAGGUCUGUGCCCCGCUAAAGUCCCCGACGCGUUAAAAUACUUCCGUCACCGUUGUCCCGGUCUGUUUUUAAUGGCGACUGUUGUUCUUUCAGCAACCCCAGAACCAGGUGAAGACCCCAGAGUGACGAGAGCCAAGUUCUUCAUCCGAGACGAGUUUCUUCGGAUCAGCACCGCGAGCAACGACGGCAGACAUUACUGCUACCCCCACUUCACCUGCGCCGUGGACACGGAGAACAUCCGGCGGGUGUUCAACGACUGCCGGGACAUCAUCCAGAGAAUGCACCUGCGGCAGUACGAACUCUUGUGAUGGAUGAGAGACCGUCUCUGUCAGCCUUCUGUGCUUUUUUUCCACCAAUCUGCAUCCUUGAUGAACCCUUCCUCCGCCCCCCUCUUCUCCUCACCCCACACCCCCUAAAAAAGACCCUCAGAUCACCCCUCAUGUCGAGGACUAUGAAGUACUACUGAAGUGUGUCAAAUCCUCUUCCUCUUUUUUAACUUUUUCUCUUUUUGUACUUUUUUUUUUUCCCAGUUUCAUCCCCAUGUAACGCUGGCACCCCCGCCGUUACUCCAGGCUUUUUUUUUUUCCUUCUUUUUUUUUUUUUUUUUUGGUGCCCUGACCCUUCAUCCUCCUCAUCCUCUUCCUCCUCCUCCUCCGACCUGCUUCUUCACUCACGUGAAGACGAGUGGACGGACGGGAACCCGAGUGGAUGAAGAUAUGAAAAAUGCACUUUGCAUCAGGUUCCUUAAUAACUUUUGUUGUUGUUGUUGUUGUUGUUGUUUUUUCUCCAGAGGAAGCAUACACACAAUGUAGCAUCACAAUAUUUAUUACCCUGUCACGAUGAUAGCUUGACCGAGCUGCAGGGUGGACCGAGCAGCCGAGAGAUGCACGAAGCGGGAGAUUAGAAAAAAGGGGAGGGGGCGGGAAAAAUGACGACAUGAAGACGGAUUUAAAUGAAGGAAAAGGGACUGAGCUCUCUGCACCUUAGCCCUGCUGCCUCCACGGACUCGAGCCUGCAUCCUUUUUUCACACAGACCAUCCUUUUAGCUUAGAGAUACUGAUGGGAGGGAGGGGUGGGCCGGGAGAGAAAAUUGUAUUGUUCUUUUUUUUUUUUCUCGUUUGUUUUUGUUAACUUGUACACUGUGCAAGGUUGAAUUAUCCUGUACAGACUGUAAAAUGUAAUAUUAUUUUGUACAACUUAAUUGAAAGAAAAACAAAUCUACUUGUAGAUCUUUGUGCCUUGAUUAUGGCUGUACCUGUAAAUGAGCUCAGAUGUAAGUAUGUUUUUGACUGCGCUGUACAGCUUGAUGUCAAACUCUAUCGGCAGCGAAAGACUGCGGGUAGGGGAAUUUCUCUGUAGAGUUUAGUUUUUUCUGGUUUAUAAAAAAAAAGGAAAUGCUGUUAAGUAAAAAAAAAAAAUUAAUAAAUAAAAAAAAAAAUAGGGAAAAAAAUCCUAAAAACCUGUACACAUUAUGCAAAUUAACCACUUACCUGCAGUGAAGACCAGAUGUUGCAGCGCCAUGCCUUUUUUUUUUCUCCUUUUAUUAUAUAUAUUUUUUGAAUUUCACAGCUUUAAACAAACAUUGGAAAUCCAUUGAAAGUGUCCAAAAUUGCAACCUGGUGUUGUUUUAAUAGGAACCAACUUUUUUCUUUUUUUUUCUUUCUUUUGGAUAUGAAGUGUGUCUGAGAUCUGUACUGAUGUGCGUGCCUGUGCGCAGGUGUACAUAAAACAAACAUAGACUCACAGACGCAUCGUGUGUGUGUGCGUGUAUGUGAGGGCGACUGGGUGUUGUGUGUAAAAUUUUAUAAAUGUAUGUACAUGUAAAUUUAUAGGUCUAUAUAAAUAUAUAUGUACAAUUAUACAUGUUUAAUUAUGUGUGUGCCUAGGUGUACAUACCUAUGUAUGUAUACGGUAAAUAUGUAUACAUACACACAUAGGAAAGCAUGUUUAGAAUGGAGAUGAAUAAAUGAGAGCGUGCAAUAUUAGUAAUUCUUUGGUCCUUUGGAGCCAUACCUAAUGGCACAGGCACUAUGAAUGUGUGAGCAGCACCCAACAAGACGAGCUCUUCUCCUUGUACAAACAGCAUCAGCCUUUUCUUCUGCUACAGUACACGUCUAUCCCCGAAAGAGAGUAAAGUGACUGGAGGUGCAAAAAUCUUGUUUGGCCUGGGAGGAUGAUUAAAUGACGUUUUUAUUUUCUUUAAAUAAAGAGGCACAUUAGAGGACUUUGCUUUACUUCCA